CAUGAGCCGCCACCGGCUCCUGCUCGCUUUUUUGUCUGUGCAGCUUCUCACGGCCUCGGCCGUCGCCGACAGCACCUUGACGCAGCGGACGGCCACCGGCGGCGACCAGAGGCUGGCCUCGCCGGGCGGCGUCUUCCAGCUCGGCCUCUUCUCCCUCGCCAACAGCACCAGGUGGUUCCUCGGCAUAUGGCUCGCCGCCUCCCCGGGCGCCGUCGUCUGGGUCGCCAACCGCGAUCGCCCGCUCCACGCCUCGUCCUCCGGCAUAGUCGCGCUCAGCGGCCGAGGGGACCUCGUGCUCCUCGACGCCGCCAGCGGUAACGAAACCAUUUGGUCGUCGUCCAGCUCCUUGGCCGCGGUGGUGGCGCAGCUCCGUGACGACGGCAACCUGAUGCUCGCGGACGCGGCCGGGGUCACGGUGUGGCAAAGCUUCGACCACCCGACCAACACGUUCCUCUCCGGGUCGCGGGCCGGGCAGGAUCUCCGGACGGGCGCCGUGUGGUCCGCCUCGUCGUGGCGCAGCGCCGACGACCCGUCGCCCGGCGACUUCCGGUACGUGAUGGACACUCGGGGCUCGCCGGAGCUGCACGUCUGGUGGAACGGACGCAAGAGGUACCGGACGGGCCCGUGGAACGGGCUGCGGUUCAGCGGCUGCCCGGACAUGACCACCUUCGAGGACCUGGUCGAGUUCCGGUUCACCCACACCGCCGACGAGGUCUCCUUCGUGUACCGCGACCGCGUUGGCUCGCCGGUGUCCCGCCUGGUCCUGAACGAGUCCGGCGCGAUGCAGCGCAUGGUCUGGGACGGCGCGUUGUGGCGGGUCUUCUGGUCAGGGCCGAGGGACCAGUGCGACAUCUACGGCGCGUGUGGCCCGUUCGGCGUGUGCAACGCGGUCGGCGCCGUCAUGUGCGGCUGCAUCAGGGGGUUCCUGCCGAGUUCGCCGGCGGAGUGGCGCAUGCGGAACGCGUCCGGCGGGUGCGCUCGCAGCACGGCGCUGCAGUGCGGGGGCGGCGACGGGUUCUACACCCUGCGCGGCGUGAAGCUGCCGGAGACGCACGGCAGCAGCGUGGACGCCGGCGCAUCGCUCGCGGAGUGCGGCCGGAGGUGCUCGUCCAACUGCUCUUGCACGGCGUACGCCGCGUCGGACAUUCGAGGUGGCGGGACCGGGUGCAUACAGUGGUUCGGCGAGCUCAUGGACACGCGCUUCGUCGACGAUGGCCAGGAUCUAUUCAUCAGGCUGGCAAUGUCUGACCUUCACCUAGAGACAACCAAGACCAGCAAGCUCGUCGUGAUCAUCGCCGUGGUGAUAACAUCAUUUGCAUUGCUUCUACUAUCGCUUGGCCUCAUGAUCUGGAGAAAGAUCUGGCUGCGCAGUAAGCAAGUCACAAAGUUUGAUGACAUCGUGAGAGGCGAGUGUCCGACGUACCAUCUUGAAACCCUUAGAGCCGCCACCGACGGAUUCUGCACCAAAAAUGAAAUAGGGCGCGGUGGCUUCGGCAUUGUCUACAAGGGUCAAAUGGAAAAUGGCCAGGAAGUUGCGGUGAAGAAGCUAUCAGCAGGAAACAGUGUGCAAGGUCUGAAGGAGUUCAAAAAUGAGGUGGACCUGAUCGCCAAGCUGCAGCACCGCAAUCUCGUACGCCUGCUCGGUUGCUGCAUCCACUGCUCCUAGAGGAUACUGGUCUAUGAGUACAUGAGCAACAAGAGCUUGGACACCUUCAUUUUUGAUCCGAGUAGGCGAGUUGACUUGAUCUGGAGAACUAGGAUGGACAUCAUCUUCGGUGUUGCAAGAGGGCUUCUCUACCUUCACCAGGACUCGAGGCACACGAUGAUCCACCGAGAUCUCAAGGCGGCCAACGUUCUCCUCGACCGGGAGAUGGUGGCUAAGAUAUCAGAUUUUGGGAUCGCCAAGUUGUUCAGCAGCAUCGGCGACCAUCAGGUCACAGAAAGGAUUGUUGGGACAUUCGGUUACAUGUCACCAGAGUAUGCCAUGGACGGAAUGGUUUCGUUCAUGCAAGACGUGUACAGUUUUGGUGUGCUUUUGCUGGAGAUCAUCAGUGGCAGGAGGAACCAACGAGGUUUCAACCUCAUAGCUCACGCAUGGAUGCUAUUCGAGGAAAACAAGAGCCUCGAGCUCCUUGACCCAGCCGUGCGUGAUGGUUGCAGCUUGGCGGAGCUAGAGCAGGCCGCGACGUGCAUCCAAGUAGGUCUACUGUGCGUUCAGGAGAGCCCGAGCCAACGUCCACAAAUGGCUGCCGUAAUACCCAUGAUGUCGCACCAACAGGCGUUGGAACGGCCGCUUCGGCCUGUGGUCUGCAUGCCUGUGAGCACUCUUGCAGACCUUCUCAACGUGCAGGAGGACACAUCCGGCAACGUCGAGCUGACCAUCACAAACCUUGAAGGACGGUAAGAUGGAUGCAAGGCAAGCUGGAACCGAAGAUUGGAGACGUUACUGAUGACUUUCUCAAUGUUAUUGGGUAGGACACGUGCAUGCACGCCAAAAACAUAAUGACUGUACAUGUUGCAAUUCGGGCGAGCACACACACUAUGUGUACGUGGUUCAAUGCAAUGUGGGUUUGUACUGUUAUUUUUUUGAAACAUGUGUUUUUAGUAUUUUACA